CCCACGGCGACGUGCGGCGGCUCUGUGGCUGACGGUCAGCUCAUCCUCCCCUGCAGUGCUGUGUGGGACUGAGGAGCAGACGGGGGAAGCCGCGCAGCGCUGCAGGUGGGUCGGCGAGCGCUGACUGCCCCGGCGCCCCCGCUUAGUGUAAUUUUGGCAUACAUUCAGAGAAAACUAUGUCCAGCAUCCCAGUGGCUGUUGUGACAGGGGCCAACAAAGGAAUUGGAUUUGCAAUCGUGCGGGCUCUAUGCAAGCAGUUCCCAGGGGAUGUGUACUUGACAGCCCGAGACCCUGGAAAUGGCCAGGAAGCAGUGGCUAAGCUGCAGGAGGAAGGGCUGCAUCCUCUCUUCCACCAGUUGGAUGUCAAUGAUCUGCAAAGCAUCAGAGCUCUCCGGGACUUCCUGAAGGAGAAAUAUGAAGGGCUGAAUGUGCUGGUUAACAAUGCAGGGAUUGCUUUCAAAGUUCACGACACUACUCCAUUUGCAGUCCAAGCAGAGGUCACACUGAAGACAAACUUUUUUGGAACCAGGGAUGUUUGCACAGAAUUGUUGCCUCUUGUGAAGCCUUAUGGCAGAGUGGUGAAUGUCUCUAGUAUGGUAAGCUGCUCAGCUCUGGCAGGUUGCAGCCAAGAACUUCAGCAAAAGUUUCGCAGUGACACGAUCACUGAGGAAGAGUUAGUGAAACUCAUGACGAAAUUUGUAGAAGAUACCAAAAAGAGUGCACAUGAGAAGGAGGGUUGGCCAAAUACUGCCUAUGGGGUAUCUAAAAUUGGUGUCACAGUCUUGUCCAGGAUUCAAGCCCGGAUGUUAAAUGAAAAAAGAAAAGGUGACCACAUCCUUCUCAAUGCCUGCUGUCCUGGUUGGGUGAGAACAGACAUGGCAGGUCCUAGAGCCCCUAAAUCGCCAGAUGAAGGGGCUGAGACCCCAGUUUACUUAGCCCUUUUGCCUGCUGAUGCUCAUGGUCCUCAUGGCCAGUUUGUUAGUAACAAAACUGUUCAAGUCUGGUGAGCUUUCUUACGUGGCCAUGCAGAAGUGGUAACAUGGCUGUGGCUCAGACUGUGCCUUGGCUGGGCACUUACCCAUAGCAGUCUCGUGCUGUCCACAGCAGCACCAGGGUCCAUAAUCAUUACAAUGAGGGUUACAGUUAUGGUACUUCUCCAGGAUCCUAUCUACCCUAGGGCACACUUCCUAGUGCGCAGCAAUGUCUGUUGGCUGCCACACACCAUUGACUGUGUUGCCAGAAAUCUGAUUUGUGGGUGUUCCAGCCCAGAUGAUGUGAAUUAUUGUGGUGUUGCCCUAAUGCAAAGGUACUUGACCUUAAUUUACCUGAUUUUACUCUUCAUUAAAAUCAUUGCCAGUCCUUCUCUCACUCUCCUUGAAACAGUCUAACUGAUACGGAGUUGAGAUGAGGAGGCAGGUGCCUUACGCUUUCUCAGUGCACUAGAUCUUUCUGGGGAACAUAUUUGCUUUUGGGGAGUUGUAGGGGUGGGGGGUUUUUGUUUUAAUGUAGGAGGUUUCUUGUUUUGCUGCAGUCUGACCGGUUUAGGGGAAGGUUAAUAAGACUGCUAUAUAGAGAUUCCUUAUUAUUAUUACAAAAUAGAAUUAGGUGAAAAUAAAAAGUGAUUUACCAUUAACAGAAAAAAAAACUGUUGAUUUUAUUAAUGUCUGUAUUAACAUGCAUAUCAAAAAAAGAUUACUUUUUUUAUAUCUAUACAACUAGCUUAUCCUGAUGCUAAAAAUCUAUGAUGUCUGUUUGAAUGUAUAUCUAAAUUUUCUGCACUGAGAUUUGUUGCUGGAAUGUGUGAUGUUCAGAAUAUAUAAAGAGAAAAUAAACUACAGAACUAAUUUACCAAA